CGGCUUUCAUUCAGUAGAUACGGUACCUACAUAGGUACUUAACUGACAUAUUUUGAGCGUGUUUAUUUCUCCUAUGUCAGUAACAAACUGACAAGAAUUUAUUAAUCUGAAGUGCCUAACCGUGUAGAGAAAUUAUUUACAAAAUACUUUUUGUUGUGUAUAAAAAUAGAUUGAAAAAUGGGUUUAGAAAAUAUGCGACGUUGGCCUAUGUACAUUGUAUUUGCCGUUUGUAUUUUGUUGACCCUUUCACUGUUAAAUAGUUGGAAUCUUGAAACUGAAUUGCGAAACAGAAUUAGUGAAGUAAGUAGGCAACUACAAGAGUGUUCAAAACAGCAAACGACAUGCAUGGAAGAAUCGUUAACGUUACUCGAACAACGCGAUAGUUACUCCAACAAAGUAAGCGACUUAAAUAAACAUAAAACAAGACUAGAGGAGGAUCUAUCAGAGUAUAGAACUAAACUAACAAAAUCGGAAAUUCAAAUAAACAACACAAAAGAUGAUGUCAACAUGUGUAAGACUGAGUUGCAGUCAUUAAAAAAUUUGCAUGUCAGCGAGUCUGCUAUGCUGGAGACACUACGAUCGGAAAAGAAGAAAUAUACUAGCCAGCUAACAGCACGAAAACAGAAAAUCGAAGAAUUAGAGAAAGAAAUUGAAAGGCUGCGUGCUGUUUUAACAACUAAGAGUGCUCCUAAUCCCCCUGUACCAUCUAAAGUGACUCCAGCAGCUGUGCCACCAAAACAAAGCCCUGCUUUGAAUGUUGUUCAAAAUCCUAUUAAUGAGCCAGUCCUUGAGAAUGAUGCAAAAGAGGAUAUAGAAGAUCCUAAUGUAUUAAAUGAUGGACAAGAUUUUGAUGCACAAUUACAAUAGAUAUUGAUCUUUUUGAAAAAAAGUCCAUAAAACUGCAAUUUAUUUUGUGUCUUUGAUGAUACAUAAUGUGACUUUAAACUAUAUAAUUUAAUAACUAAGGUAAUUUGUUCUAUAGAAUUUUAAUGAUUGGUUCUUAUCUCUAAAUCAAUAUUUUCCCUAGAAAAACUUGAUUCAUAAUAAAAGAAGUUAUAGUCUUCAAGUAGUAUGUAUUUCUUGUAGUAUUUCUUUUAAAUAAAUUUGUAACUGUGAUCAGCCAAUUAGUCAACGUUAGUAAUUCAUAUUAUGCAAAGAUCACUUAUGAAUCAAUCAAAAUUUUGCCUCUCAGUAUCAAGUCGUAUUAAAUAUUUACAUUGAUUGUCACUUGUCUUCCUUUUUUGGGCAUGGUUCUCGUAAACUACACUUAACUGUUGCGGUGCUAUGCUGUGUGAUAGGGCUUCAAUGCAUAGUACUAAAAAUUGCAAUGCAGCACCAUCACAAAGCGACUUCAGAUAAGCUUACUAUCUUGACCGCGUGUACAUCUUUUGACUUGUUCAUAUAAUUGCAAUUUAAGUUUGUCUUUGUACAUAUAAAAAAUGUUUAAUUCAGCGUUUUAGCUAACUACAGCACUUCAGGCACAUAUGGAGGGGUGAAAGGAUAAUUGGUUUAAGUGACAUUCCACUUAAUAUGUCCUCCUCCUCUUUCAGUCGAUCGCUCAUUGCUGAGCAUCGUGAUGCGCCUGACCUGUGACCUUUUUUUUGUAAUUUGUAACCACUUAUGUCGGUCAGUGGCACAGUGAAGUGCAUGGCUCAGUCUCAUAUCCAGAUACUCGGACACUUGGUCACUCGCAUCUUUUUCGCCUCCGAUCUCUGGAUCGUCUUUCAUCCACUUUACCAGUCACUAUGAGUCUCUCCAUACUUAAUAUGUAACAUUAUCUUUGUAAUUAAAGAUUUGUUUUAUUUGCUAUUAAUGUCAAUAAUUCGAUGUUUAUGAUU